AUGGCCGCAACGAACUCCUCCGCCCCUCUUCUUCCCAACGGAACCCAGUCGGUCGGCCUCGCGACCGACGCACCCUCCACAACGAUUAAUACAACCACCAGCCAGAUCCUGACCGGGAAGCAAGAACAUUACCUCAAGCGCGAACUCAUCGCCCGACAAGUCCAGAGCGAGAUCGCCGAAUUGAACUCCCCUACAGCCCUGCAACGCUUCGGUGCCCCCUUCAAGUCGGAAUUCGGUGAAGUCGCCCCAGUUGAUUCCGAACUGCCCAUCCUCCGAUAUAUCUUCGUGCACCACGUGCGCAACUUCCCCUUCCUGGACAAGGCUCGCGAGAAGGAAUUCUGGCAAGAUAAGCUUCAAGUGUUUCUCGAGUCGUUCGCAAAGAAACAUGUGUCUUCGUCGGAGGAUCGCCUAGAAGAGACGAAGCGCAGAAAGCUGGCGCGCAAAUGCGAAAAGCUGGUCGAGCUGAUGAUGGUCUCUGGAAUUCCUACUGCUUCGGGCUAUGAAGAACGCAUUCAGUUUUCCGAGAUGGAAGUCGUGGAUCGCGGGGCCAACGAAAAGGGUUUGUUGGUCAAUAUGCCCGAAGGAAACUCCAUUCACGGAUGGGACAUCAAUGUGGCUGCGGUCCGGGUUACAUCGAUUAGACGGACCGUGCGAUAUCAUCAACAUGCAGAAUUCAUUAUUCGGGUGCGCCGAGAUGGGAAGCAGGAUACCUUCGUGGCUCGUCGAUAUGGCGAUUUCUCUAGGCUUCACAAACGGUUGCGCACUGAGUUUCCCGGAAAGCCACUCCCCCCACUGCCACGCAAGAACAAGUCUUCAUUGACAUCCAGCAUAUUUGGCUCCGCCGACGACGAAGCCUCAUCAAUUUCGUCGGUUUCCACUCAAGACACGAGCGCAAUAGACGACGGCUACUCAUCUCGCAACCUGGCGCCCGGCAACCACCAUACUCGUUCACUGUCACGGUCUUCCAUGCGGUCACUCAGGUCGCCCAGGGCUUCGGGAGACGCGCCUCGGGAUACGGUGCUCUACAGAGAGGAACAGCGAGUCUCCCUUCGAGCGUUUCUCCGUACUUUGCUGCAGAACAAGCGGGUGGCGGACACCAAAGCUCUUGAGGACUUCUUGACUACCAACCCGAUUACUCUGAAUGAAGAGGAGAAAAUGGACAUGCAGAAGCGCAAAGAGGUAGAUGCUGUGCGGAUUGAGGAGCAGAAGCGGUUUUAUGAGAUCGCGAGAGCGCGCGCGGCUGAGUUGGAUGCCUACAUGGAGAAUUUCCGCCGGGAUAUUGUCGAGAGUAAUGGAUUGACGAGACUCUUUGCUGAAAUCAAAGAGAAGCCGACAGUGGAGGAUUUGAGCCCACAAUACCAGAAAUUCGCCGAAUGGCUACGCAUUGAAGUUGCCGCCACGCUCUAUCAUCUUUUCCUGGCCGAAGAUAAUUCUCCUGAACUUUUCGCUCAGGCCAAGAGGAUCCACUCUCUUGUCCCUUACAGUCUGCUGAAAAACGUGAUUCGCAUUGCUAACCCGGCAGCUGUGAUGUCAGGGGUAUUGGACCUCUUCCUGGCUCAACCUUUUGGCUCCCGGUCACUACUCCAACGCAUAUUCUCUAUGACUUUGAACGACGGGAUCAGAGCCUUCCAGAAGUCAAUCGAUGCGCUGGCCGCGACGGUUGAAGAUCCUGUCCUUUGCAAAAAGCUGAAGGCAUUCACCGACGCCGACGAAGAAUUGAAGAAUGAGAUCCGCGCCGAAGCCACUGCUGAGGAUGUUGACAUCAUUGUGGCAAUUCUCAAGACGGAGCUUAUCUCUCCUGAAUUGACCCCAGAACAGUUUGGUAAGGUGUUCAAUGCAUACGUGGCCUGGAAUCAGGCUGUCGAGAGUGUUGAUGCGGAAAUGCGAGAAGGCGCUCAUUGGUUUGCCAAUCUCAAGCAGCUACUCAAACUCUACACCCGCCAGCGGGACAAGACUAUGAUGCUCAGCAUCGUAGAGGAGCCGGUUACUCUGCAGCUCUUCCGCGACCUCUUCACAAUUUUCUACGAGCCGCUCGUGAGGGUCUACAAGUCGGCCAAUGUCUACAACAGUAUCACGGACUUUGCACGCUUCGCGGAUGACGCCAUCGCCGUGAUCGAAAAGUGCCAUCGACAGGAUGUGUCUGCCGACCCCAACCAGACUGUUCAGGCCUUCAUCGAUCUUUGUGAGCGCCACCAAAGCAGCUUCUACAAGUUUGUGCAUGAGGUGCACUUGCACGACAACGGUCUGUUCGGAUCUCUGAUGGCAUGGAUCGAAGACAUUCUCGAAUUCUUGCGCAAAGGACCACGUGGUGGCAAGCUGGACAUGAAUGCCCUACUCACAGGAGCAAAGGAUGUGGGCCAGAUCGACAAAGACAAGGCAUUGGAUGAGAUCAACGCUCUUAUCAAAUGGCAUGCCGAUCGGAAACGGUGGCACCUCAACAAGACCAGACAGAAGAUGGCAGCCGAGGGGACUGGCAAUGAGAUCAUUCCUGGUAGCACGACCUUCAGGAGCAGUGACUUUGGUUUGGAUGAGGCUGAUCUCGAGGAUCUUGCCAUUUCGGACGAAGAGUCUGACGCGUCCGAUGAGUUGGAUGACGAGGAUGAUCUCGAUCCCAUCACGGCCGAGCGGAGACGUCGGGUCAAGAAACAGGAUCAGCUCCGGCGUACGGCGGGUGAGCCUGUCAAGCCGGAGAUCCAGGAGAUACUCAAACUAUCAGAUUCGUUUGGUGUUAUGUUGCGACAGGUGCUUGCGGAUUAG